CCACCACCACCAUCAUCAUAUACGACACACGACGACGAAGCAAAGGCCCUCGUUGCCAUUCAUCGAGCUAGCACCUCGCUCUACCUCAUCUCUCCACUUCCACUCUUUUGACACAGGACACAGGCAAUCGACUCGCCAUUACGGUCUGGAAAAAGCUUCCGCCUUCGCCGCCACCCUCCUCUGCGAGCACAAGCACCUGCCUCGCUCGCACUCUGCAGCGCCGCUCGUCGUCGCCAUGUCUGUGCCGGAGGCAAUGGUGAAGUGCGAACAAUCCGCUGGCCAAAGCUCUCAUUCAGCUUCAACAAUGACGACAUCGUCUUCUUCCUCUUCAUCGUCCACAACGUCAGCCUCUCAGCCUGCCAAUGCCGCGAUGCCGCCUCCUCGCCCGCCCUCCUGCGGUCCGGCCUCCCCUUCAGUGUCCACCGGCGGCAACGAUGGCGAUAGCACAGCAACCACUCAGCAUCGAGAGUCAUCUCGCAGCCAGACGCCACCCACCUCGCCAUCCUCAUGCGAAGGUGGGCAACGCGGCAAGGCCAAGACUGAAGAGCAUGACCCGCACGCCAAUAUCAAGCCAUCCUACUUCUACCCCAUGGACCCCUCGGAUCCCAACUCUCAUCUCGACGAGUCUGCUAUCCCAGUCUUUGAGCCUACGAUGAGUCAAUUUGCCGACUUCUACAAGUUCUGUGAAGCCAUCAACGACUGGGGCAUGAAGACGGGCAUCGUCAAGAUUGUGCCACCAAAGGAGUGGGUCGACUCGCUACCCUCCAUCAGAGCUCCCGAUGUGGCCCAGCAGGAGAAGGCUACCGGUGCCGCCGAAGGAUCGCUUCCGACUCUCGAGGGAGUUCGCAUUCGCUCCGCCAUCGCCCAACACUUUGGCCCAGCAUUCAAGCCAGGUCUCUGGCGCCAGACGAACAUCACCCGACCAGCCAAGAUUUGGAACGUCAAGCAAUGGAGUGAUGUAUGCAGGGAGAUGAGCGGCCCAACAAUGAGUGACAUCCACGAGCACAUCAAGAUCCGCAAGGAAAUGGAAUCUGGGUCGUCCAAGGACGACAAGAAUGGCAUUCGUACCAGAAGUGGGCGCGGCAGGCAGAGCGGCAGCAAUCCCAGUGCAACUGCUGGACCUUCAUCGAGUACAAAGAGGCGACGGAAGACGAUCGAAAAGGCGGACAAGGCUGCGGCGACGGCAGCUGAAGAGGAGGCUGCAGUCUCCAGUCUGUCGCAGGAAAGCAGCAGCGCGAGUGUCGCCGCCGCGCCAGCCGAAGAGGAUGGCGUGCAGCCGGUGGCAACAUCCUCUUCAUCGUCGCAGCCCAAGGUCAAAGCAGCAGAUUUGACGACGCCCGAGGAGUGGUCGCAUUUUGAUCAGCGUCUGGCUUGGCUGAAGGAGUGGAUCAGCCCGGGCAAGAAAGGCGAAGAGGAAGGGAAGCAUGAGCACAGCCUCAAACCAAGCGAUUGGACACCAAUGGCAUGCCGUGAGAUUGAGGGCGAGUACUGGCGUGGCCUCAACUUUGGGAAGCCGCCGAUGUACGGUGCAGAUCUCAAGGGCACGCUUUUCACGCCGGCGACCAAGUCGUGGAACGUCAACUCGCUCGACAAUCUUCUCACCCGCCUCAAGCUGCGAAGAAAGAUCGCAGGCGUUACGGAUCCGUACCUCUACUUUGGCAUGUGGCGAGCAACGUUUGCCUGGCAUGUCGAGGACAUGGACCUGUACUCGAUCAACUACAUUCAUUUCGGCGCGCCAAAGCAGUGGUACGCCAUCCCGCAACGCGACCGUCUGCGCUUCGAAACAGCUCUCGCAUCGGCCUUUCCCGGAGACGCAAGGCGAUGCUCGCAGUUUAUGCGUCACAAGUCUUUCCUUGCCUCACCCACUUUCCUUGCCGCCAACAACAUCCGCCCUCUCAAGCUGGUGCAGCAUGCUCAAGAGUUCGUCAUCACGUAUCCCUUUGGCUAUCAUUCUGGCUACAAUCUCGGAUUCAACUGCGCAGAGUCGGUCAACUUCGCCCUUGACAGCUGGCUCGACAUCGGUCGCAAAGCCAAGGCGUGCGAAUGCGAGGAUGCACAGCAGAGCGUCAAGAUGGAUGUGGACGCCCUUCUGCAAGAGAGCGAGGAGCUUGAGCAGGCAGAGAGGCGCAAGGAAGAGCGAGAGAGGGCUCGCCGCGAGCGAGAGGAGCUUGCCAGUGAUGAUCAUCUGCGCAAAGAAGCAGCGAAGGCUCGUCGCGCCGAGAAGAAGAGACUCAAGGAGCAGAGGGCUGCCGAGGAGGGCGAUGGUGAUGACGAAGAAGGCUCGGAGCGCAAGCCUCAAUCAGCAAAGCCCAAGGCAAAGCAAAGUGGUGGCUUGUCGAUGGAACACCUGCCGUGCGUCUUCUGCCCCUCAUCGCUCGCGUCAGACCUGGUGCCCAUUCCUGGAGAGAGUGGGCAGCCGUCCACACUCGCAGCGCACCGUUUCUGUGCCAACUCGGUCCCCGAGUGCUGGGUCGCAGAAGAUGGCGCAGGCAACGAUGAGGUCAAGGGCUUCUACACGAUUGCCAAGGCAAGGUGGGGUCUCAAGUGCUCCGUCUGCCCGCCGACCUCUGCCAAGUACGGCUGCUCCAUCCAGUGCACCUUUGGCAAUUGCACCAAGGCGGCCCACCCUACUUGCGCUGCGCACGACGUCAGCGGUUGGAUGAUGGACAUGCUCCCCGCCAACGAGGCGGACAAGCUUGAAGGGCGAGGAGCGUACACGGCCAAGAGCAAGAAGAAUGGCGCCAAGAAAAAGACCAGUGGUCCAGCUUCUUCCCCUCCUGCGGGCGGUGCGGAAGCGGCUGAGCACUCGCAGGCUUCAUCGCCACCGCUCGCACCUGCUGAACUGCCAGACAGUAGCAGCGCACCCGAGCGCAUGGUGGUCCUCUGCCGUGGUCACAAUCCGUCAGCCAAGCAAGCCGAACAGCUGCGCAAGGCUCGUCAUCUGCGCGAGUGCGCCAUGCGCCUGCUCCCGGGAUCGCGUAUCAAGGUCAAGAGCAACGGCGGCAUCUGGGAAACGACGCUCGUUGCGCUCAAGGAGUCCUCUAACCCGCUCAGCGAGGGCGACGCACUCGUCGAGGACGCCAAGGGACCACGCCGCGUCAUCAAGUGGAGCCGGAUUGUGUUCGACGCGGAGAUUGUGGCUGCGGCCUCACAGGCCACGGAGGAGUUCGAGAAGCAGGAGUCUCAACAUUCGAAGCAGCAGCAACAAGCGACCUCGACCAUCGACAGAGAAGGUGACAGUUGCAUGGCCGCGCCGGCACCGCAAUUGAACGCGCCCUUGCCUCCUCGCUCUCGCCUGCUCAACGAUGCUGAGUUCGCCACGGCGAAAGCAGACCGCUCAACGAACGCCUCUGCCACCACCUCGGCGGGGCGGCUCCUGGGCGGGGCGGCUCCCAGCAGCGCUUCAUCCACAUCACAUUGGUCGGCUGCGUACUACCCGCCUCGGCCCGCCGCACCCCAACAUCCCCAGCGUCAAGCGCGCUCGCAGACGGCGCCUGCGGACGCUCACCUGUCGUCAUCAAGGGUGAUCGUCGGCAGCACAGCCCACUCGACGAUCAAUAGACCGGUGAAGGGCGCUACCCCUCGCCACCCUUACGCCAUGAGCAAGGGUGCAGGCUAUGGGUACGGCGCGAGCUCGUUCGGCCACCACUCGCUCGCUCCUAAGCAGCUCAAGCGCCUGCCUGCUGUCUUGACGCCUCUUGCGAAGCCAGCUCCCACUGCAGCUCCCACUGCAGCUGCCGCACCUGUUGCGCCGAAACCGCUGACAGUACAGCCGCGUGCCGGCAACUCAGCCGCAUCCACCGGCAAGUCCCUCCCACCCAUGUCGAGCUUCCUCUCUCAGCAGCAGUCAAGACCCGACCGACCCAUCGCACCUAUACCUCGGAGUGCCGUCGGGGGAACAGGAGCGUCAGGAGCACCACAUCGCACCCAACCUCUUCCGCCAGCAGCAGCCCCAUCGCAGCCGUGUCAGCCCCACCCCCCGCCUCACCAUCCUUCCUACGGACCACCAAGCCACCCUUCUCCCUCCUACAUGACCGCGCCCAUGCACCCGAGCAUGGCACCGAGCCCGAGCGCGGGCGCUCCCCAGGCGCCUCAGACCUACCACUACCCUCCGGCGCCGGCGCGAUACGACGGGGCAAGGCUGUCCGGAAAUCUUUAUUACCAUCACCAACAUCCCCACGGAACAGGGACAGGAGUAGAGGGAGUGCCGCCUCAGAGUGCGCCGCCCUCUCUCCCUCUGACAAGCAUGACUCGACCUUAUUACACUGCUGGCCAGCCCAGCAGUGGCAGUAGCAGCGGCGGAAUGCGCCCCUCGUAUGACAGUGCCACGACUGCAGUGCCCUCGCCACUUCGUCAGCAAGCUCUGCCUCGCAUCCGCGCUCGAGACGAAGGCCCAGCUUCAGCCCCUGGCUCCAGCAGUGGUAGCAAGCAAUCCCUUGCUCCUUCGUACAGGCAAGCCCUGCCAUCUCUGCCUCCUCCGUCACAAGGGUGGGGCUAUGCACAGCACCAUCAGCAGCAGCCGCAGGGCGGCUAUGCUCACCCUUCGUACUUGCCGAGCGUAAGAGGAGGGGCGAGCGGCAAUCCCUUGCCGCCUGGACCCGGUCUGCCCUAUGCUCAGCCUUACCAGCCUGCGCCUUCGAAUGAGCGCCACAGCUCUAACCCAGCGCAGAGGAGACCGUGAGUCUGGACAUGCAAGUUCCAUCGAAGCUUUUCGUGGCGGGAAUUCUGUAACAUGUCACCACCGCGGCCGGCCCGAUCCUCCACGAACCAUCACGCUCUUGACGACGUGACGUUACGAUCCAGCUUUGAAUGACGCGCCCCUUCCUUUGCUGCUUCCUUCUCCCGACCGCUAUCCAUCUUAUCUCUCCGUGAUCAUUGGCCCUACAGUCCAGGCUACGCUCAGCAUCCUUGUCCUUCAAGACGUUUACCUUAUCUAAUAUAUGACGAUGUGGACUUGGAC